UCUACUUCUUCUUCUUCGAUUUCUUCGUCUUCGGGUUCGAAUUCGAUUCCGCAGGUGGUGGUGACCCGGGAACGGGGCAAGAACGGGAAACUCGUCCGAGCUCUGGUUUGCGUUGGAAUUCAAAUUUGCCUUCGUAUUUUAAUUAGUUCCUGAAACGCAUUGUCAUUUUUACGGAUGUUAUGGAGUUUCUGGUCUGAUUCUGUGUUGAUCGUUGUUCUUUUUAUGGACGUUGAUUAACGAAUGCAUUUGUUGUAUGUAGUGCUUCGAUUGAAUGCCACUGUGGUAAACAUUCCAAACAAAUUUUGCGUCCCGGGUUAUGGAAUGCCCUAGUAUUUCAAGAUCUCAUCCUAAUUCGAUGUAUUACUGUGCUUUUUGUGUUGCACGAGAGAAACAUGGCAUAUCUUGUUUAGAGCUUCCCCUAAUUCAACAUGCACAGGGGCCUGAUUUCCAACAGCUUGCUUCUGUAUUAAGGGAUAACACAUUUGAUUGGAUCAUCAUAACAUCUCCAGAAGCAGGUUCUGUCUUCCUAGAUGCAUGGAAGGCAGCUGGCACCCCAAGAGUGAAAAUAGCUGUUGUGGGCUCUGGGACAGCCAGCAUAUUUAAAGAGGCAAUGCAGUCAUCUGAAGGAUUACUUGGCGUUGCCUUUACACCGUCAAAAGCUACAGGUAAAGUUUUGGCUUCAGAGCUUCCAAUGGAUGUUGGAAAAAGGUCUUCUGUCUUAUACCCGGCUUCCCUGAAAGCAAGCAAUGAUAUUGAGGAAGGCUUGGCUGCCCGUGGAUUUGAAGUUCUGAGGCUAAACACAUAUACCACGGUUCCUGUGCACACUGUUGAUGAGGCACUCUUGCAGCAGGCUCUCUCUGUUCCUGUUGUUUCUGCUGCUUCACCUUCCGCAAUUCGCGUCUGGAUUGAUCUUAUUCCAGACUUGGAGCAGUGGAGCAAUUCAAUUGCCUGUAUAGGGGAGACUACUGCCUCAGCCGCAAGACGGUUAGGAUUGCAGAAAAUCUACUAUCCAACACAACCGGGACUUGAAGGGUGGGUGGACUGCAUCCUUGAGGCUCUAAAUGCUCACAACCAAUUACUCUGAUUCAAGUUAAAAUCCCAGUGAAGUCUGCAUUGUGGCAUUAACCAAAUUAUUGUAUAUGAAUAUUAAAUGACUUACCGUUUAACAAAAAACAUAUAAUUUUUGUCUAUGAAUGUAUUGUAUUUUUAUA